UGUCAGCUCGGGCUUCUUUCGCGCAAGCACGAAUUUCGCGCAGGCGCUGCACGCCCAGCUGCGCGCCUAGGGGAGGCAGCACCUCGGGCAGCACGCUCGAUCGCUCUCGCCAAGGGCGCGACCGGCAUCCGCUUAGGCCGGCGCGCGCAGGGUAUGCCAUUGUAUUUGUGUAAUUCCAAAGCGCUUACUUACCAGCCAGUUGUAGCCGCGCAGUGCCCCGUCCCAGCAGGCGCGUUCGGUACCGUGUCGGGACAGUGUCGGCGCGUGUCGGGAAAACCAUCACUCUGUGGUCGGUCAAGCGCCUCAAGAGCUUGCUUGCACGCGAAGUGCGAUGCUUCUCAGAAUUAGGCACUACACAUGUGCGCAUAGCGCCUGCUAGUUGACUAUCAAGAGCGACCAUGUUGCUGACGACCGUUUGUCCUUAUCGAUAUAUCAAUCGCCCCGCGUCACGCGUGAAUACUCAGCGCAUCACCGUUUCUGCCCACGCCUCUCUCGCGUCUGUACCCGUGAAGGCUGCACCUGAGAACUCUGCGUCCAACAACCAGUUAAAGCCGCCCAGUAAUGUGCAUACUGUGACUUUCAUCACGCCUAAAAUGGUGAAGAGCGUGCAGUCGCGCGAUGGCGCCAAUCUCUACACGGUCGCGGAUCACUCCGGCGUUCACCUGCCCGCCAGUUGCAAACAGGGGGCGUGCAGCGCCUGCGUCUGCAAGGUGGUGGAGGGGAAUGUAAAGCACACUGUCGACCCGGCCUGCCUCACGCCCAGGCUCAAGGCCGAGGGCUACGUGGCGGUCUGCGUCGCCAACGUGAGCGGUGACGUGAGCCUACAGACGCACAUGGGCGCCAAGGUGCGUCAGGCACGUGCUGAGGAGGCCGACCGCAUGCGCCACAAGCACGGUUAAACACAUGGCAGCACCGGUCGCUCCGGAGCACCAACGCAAUGCGUUGCCCCAGAGAGAGGCCCUGCCGCGGUGGGCUGGCUGGGUUGAAGAGUUUUGGGCGGUGCCCAUGCUAGGGGGCUGCCAAACAUAGGCAAGCAGGUGCUGUGUGUAUAUGUGCAUCCAAUGGCCCGCGCAACACUAUUGCGGCUUUUACACUACUUCAUUGAUAGUACGGCAUGAGUAGGGGCAUUUUCCUUUGGAUGAGGAUGUUCGGCCUCAGACUGUGGAUGGAGGGGCUCAGCCCCUUUUCCCGUGACCGGGGAACACUGUCCUUGGUCAAGGCAUUCGUCCGACAGCCGAACAGGGGCUCUUUGCAUGCGUUUUCCGGCCAGG